AUGGCCUUCUCAGAAAGAUCUUGUCCCGUUUCGGGUACCAUGGGAGCCGUAUGCCCGGUCGGCGCAAACAACUCGGGCAGGCAAAGCAGAUCGAGCAGCCGUACCGGCCCUCGAGGAUGUUCCUUCUCCGGCUUUACGCAGCCUGGUGAUAUCCACACAGCUUUCGAUGUGAGUCCAGAGUCACACCCAGUUCUCUCCAUCUCAGACACGCUGAUGACAGUCCAGAUCCCCCGGGGAGUCGACGCAGAGGAAUGGCUCCGGAUGAGAGAACGGAAGUCAAUCAACCAUGUCCUCUACUCCAAAUACCCCUCCACGCAAGAGAUUGACACCGUCAAGAGCCAGGCCGAGAUGGAUGCCUUCAACGUCAGCGAACAAGAUGUGCUCGCUGUCGCCCUCGGUGCACCAGCCAGACAAGUCAUGCUCAGGGCCCAGGAGAUAGGGCCACAAACUGGCUGGAGAGACGGCUACCUCAGCACAGAGCAUGGCUUCUGCCCACCCGACUACGACGAGGCUGCGGGUGCCUUGGCCCGAUCGCCAGGCCGUGUGUGGUCCGACCUUUGCGAAAGAAUGCCGGGAUGUGUUUCGCGCGGCCGGGUGAGAGAAUCCAUCGCCGCCGCGCCCGUAAUCGAGGGCACAGAAUAUGUCAUCCCUGACCAAGCACUCUGGGCAGCCCUCGUCGCCCUGGGCAUGCUCUGCUCCAUCUACCGCUUCGAGCAGAAGUACGACGGCCACGAUGGGGUGAACGCAACAACAAACCGAACAAAGUUGAAGCUGAACUGCAAGAUGGGCGACCACUUGGGGGAAGAGCUCGUCGGUAUCCCUCUCAGCAUCGCUCUUCCAUACUACCAGGUUUCUCGCCGAAUGGGCAGAACCCUUCCACACCUCACCUUCGUCGACCAGUCUUCAUACAACUUGAAGAUCAAGGACGCAACAUCGAGCUACCCCUACGUCGCUCGCUUCGACAACAUGGAGCUUAGAUGGCCCAUGUUUGGCGAGCGUGCCGAGGUAGCCUUCCUGAAGGGAGUUGCAGAGACUUCCGCCUCCUUUCAACAUGGGCCCGACGCCAUCGCGGCCUGCCAAGAGCACGUCAUGAACCGCAACGUCGAAGGCCUCCUUCACGAAAUGAUUCGGCUGAAGGAGAUCCUCGAACGUAUGCCCAACGCCUUCCAUUCCAUUUCGACGAAUCCCAAUGCGGGCGAGAACUAUGUGCCCGUCCAACAAUGGGUUCGCUGGGCCAAGUUCUCCGCACCUCUUUCGAAGCGGUGUCCGGCGUCGUCAGGCCUGCAAUUCCCUCCGUACCUCGUGAUGGAUGCAUUCUUGGGCAGGAAGAAGUACACAUCCUUCCUUGGAGCCGAGGGCGUCCACCUCCGAGCCUGGCUCCCAUCCAACUUGCGUGCUUUUAUUGCAGCCAUUGAGUAUCACUACCGCAUUCCCGAAUUCGUCCAACAGUCGGGCGACCCACGCCUGAUGGGUGUUCUCGACGGCAUCGUCGAGGCAUACACCGGGGAACGCGGCUUUAUGGGGGUGCACCGCUACAAGGUCUUUGGCAUCCUCGAGGUCGCAGCCAAGACUGGCCGCACUGAGACCAACGGCGCUUCUGGCGCAGCAGACGGCGAACGUCCCUGGGAAGAGACUCAUCGCCAGUUUUCCGAGGCCAUGAAGGAGCGGCUCGAGCCUUACCGGGGCGCUCUGCCUGUCGAGCCCCACCAUAUGCGAGGCACAUUCGAAGAGUGUCGCUACAUCACCCGCGUUGUGAGCAGGUCCUUUGUGGACUCUGACCCUACACGCUCGAUCGCGAUGGUGACUCUCGAUAUCCGCGAGACGGGAAUCACCUUUGCACCCGGGGACCGUCUGGCGGUGAUGCCCCUCAACAGCUGGGAGGAGUGUGCCAAAGUCAUGGCUGCCCUUGGCCUGGAGCGGCAGAUGGAUACCCCGGUAGAAGUUGACGGCACCUGGGCGCGUUUCGAGAUGCAUCUCGGGUCCGUCAGAAGAACAGCGACGCCCAAGUUGACCGUCGGUGACAUCCUGCGACGGGGUCACCUGGCACCCAUCACCAAGGACAUGGCACUCAAGAUCCACAGCAUGCUGCAUGCUUCCUCCAACACCGUCUUGCAAGUUCUCAGCACGGACGAGUGGCCUGUCAGAGGCUCCUUGGGCGACAUGUUGCAGGACGCCGUCACCGAUACGCCGCCUCAGAUCUGGGACAGGGUCUUCAACCUCGACAACCUGGCGUGGUUGGCCGAGCUGGUUCCCCUCGAAGUUCCCCGCACAUACUCCAUCGCAAGCUAUACCGAAGAGCUUCUGCCGGAGACUGUCGACCUCGCCGUGUCGAGAUCAGAGUACAGGCUUUGUUCUACCUUCUCCAGGGGCAAUGAGGUAUCACGCGCCGGCGUCUCGAGCGGAUUUCUCAACCCGCCCAUGGAGAUGGAGGAGAUGGACUCCGACGACGAAAUUCUCAUCGGCGUCUCGCGACCGGCGGCUUUCCACCUCCCUCUCGACCCAAUGGCACCAUGCGCCUUCUUUGCUGGCGGGAGCGGCAUCGCCCCGUUCCGGAGUUUCUGGCAAGCCCGCCUCGCUCGAAGCGGCCUGGCCGGAGGCAAGAACCUUCUGUAUCUCGGCGUCCAGUCGCGGGAGAAGUUCUGCUUCGAGGAGGAGCUACGCCAGUACGUCAAUGCAGAGUUCAUGGAGGUACAUGUUGCUUUCUCCAGGGACUCUCGAGGUCUCGCAUACGAGGGCCGCGACCUUGUUGAGAAACACAUCCCACCUCGCUACAUCGACACGUUGAUCGUCGAACAAGGCGUGGCGGUUUGCGAUCUCGUCAUGUCCAAGAAGCAGGGCGGGCUCGGUGGCUAUCUCUAUGUUUGCGGUUCUGUCUCGGUCUUUGAUUCCGUCAUGAGCGGCAUCCGAAAGGCCAUUUACACGUACAGAACAGCCACGGACAAGGGAGUCGAUCUCAUCAUCAACAAGGCCUUUGCAGAAAGACGGUUCAUGCUGGACGUGUUUAUGACUCCGAAGCCGUUGCCUUGCAACCUGCCAACAAUUCCCAUGUCCGAAUUGGCGCUGCACACCGGCCACCGUCCCGGUUCUCGCAUGUGGAUUGGAGUCCACGGCAGCGUCUACGACGUCACCGACUUCUGUCCUAUGCACCCUGGUGGGACGCUCAUCAUCAAGUCCAACGCCGGUGUUGACUGUUCCAAGUCAUUCGACAACCUCGCCCACACAAACAAUCCCGAGGUUUCCAGUCUCUUGACCAAGUACUUUGUCGGGCACUUGACCCCCAAGCCUGAUUAUGGCAGCGAGGAGAUCUCGACUCUCCACGAUCUGUGGUCGGCAUAUCUCCGAUCUACGGUCGAGACGCUGGUGGCUCACCAGUUCGAGAUGUACGAGAUCAUGGGCGCGUCGCUCGAGACAUCGUCUUCCCACGACCCCGCCGGCAGCAACAACAUUUGGCUCCGCGAGAGCCUGCCUAACAUCAUCGCUGUCCGCACCUUUUACAGUUACCAGAGCCGACUCCUCCAAGGUGGCUUUGCCGCCCUUUUCGGACCCAAGCUACAGGAGCUCGUUCUCAAGCUGUCGUUUGGCGUCGCCAGCGCCAACGGCCCGGCCGCCGACACCAAGCUGCCGGACGUGCUGGGGACGGUGGCGCGGGCGAAGACGAGCGGGGAUGCGGCGAUUUGCACCAAAGAAGUCGCCCUCGUAGGCCAAUUCGUCUGCGACGCCGAUGCGUCCCUGCGCUUCCAAGAGCGCGGCGUCUUCGCCUACGCCGCUCGCAGUGUCGAGCUCGACAUCGCCCUCCUGGAAGACCUCCGCCAGGAGGCCUGCACCGGUAUGGACGCCUUCGACAGCAUCGCACACUCCAUCAAGGAGUCCUCGGACCCCGACGUCGAGAACACGCGCCUCACCGCGCUGUCGACCUUCCUACUCCAGGUUCUCGAACGUAUGGCCCGGCAUCUGGAGGUCUUCUACACCCAGCUGGCCCGAUGCUCCGUCUACCAGCCCAAGCUCGAACAGAACCCGGCUCGGACCCGCUGGGCGCUGGUCCGCCGGCGCAUCGGAGAUGGAAGCCUCUUCGUUCUCGCCACCAAGGCGGAGCUCAAUGCGAGCGCGCUGCUGGAGCGACCGGUAUUGGCACCGUACUACAUGUCGCGCGCGAACCCGAACCAGAACAUCGACUUUGAUCGCGUCAUGGCGCAGGUGCAGGCGAGCCUGCGGGCCGGCAGCCAAGACGCCGCCCCAUUCUCAAACCAUUCCGCGCAUCUGCAGCAGCCUCUGACGCUCAACGCCGUGCACCAGGCCCGAGGCCGCAGCACGGGCGACGUCAGCGCGUUCGUGAGCCACGAGAAUGCGGGCGCGCUAAGAGCCAUGAACAGCUUUGUCGAGAAGAACAGCCGUGCGAUCCGUAGGCUGAGCAAGAUGCCGGCCGCGACAAUGAACUUUGAGGAUAUCCAGAGAGCCGCACUGCUCGAGAUGCCACGGCACAGCGGUCCGCUGUCGCCUCCCGAGAUGGCAGGUGACAUGCUGGGACUGGGCCCAGAGCACACAAUGAAGCUCGUCAGGCACGGCAGCGGUCACGGCAACAGAAUCCUUCCGACGCCGCCGUCGAGCCGCGGCUCAAGCCGUUCGCCAACCAGAUUCAAACACCACUUUGGCACGAGCCAGCAACACGGGAAACCAACUGCGGAGAUGUUGCUCUCUAAGCUUAACAGGCCUCGUGGUGCGUCGCUCUCUCGCGGACCGUUGUCGGCCCAUCACUCGCCUGCCCACUACCCCGUCAUCGGCUCUCACUCUCCGCCGCCGCCGCCCAGCCACCCUACGGUGGACACGCAGUCCGCGCUGAGUUCAAUGAUGAGCCAUCUCAACACCAGGCCGCGCAGCGGCUCCGCCACGAUGUCUGGCGGCAACCAGCACGCGUCGAUGAGCGGCGGCGGCGGCGGCCUGGCGCGCACGAGAUCCGUCAUGAGCGUGGGCAGUGCGGGGCCCGUGGGAGGAAGGGACGGGAGGCCGGGGCAUGUGCCGCGGACAUCGACGAGUUCGUUGCGUGCUCUGAGGCUGAGGAGCGUGACGGAACAGGGCGAGGAAAGGGUCGCGCCAACGUUUUGA